GACUGAUCAGUCACCAGCACAGUCGCAAAGCUUCAAAAUCGGAAGCAGUCGGACACUAGUCGGAAGGUUAGGCUUUCUGCAAGUUGAGAAAAUGCGUGCUUUUGUUGAAAAAUGAUCGUUUGCAUUUGGCUGAAUUAAAGGUUUACCUACCCCGUUUUAAUUGCCCAAAGUGUGUCGAUAUGUGCAGUUAUUACAGUGAUAAAAUCAAUGCGGAUUUUCCUAAGAAAUGGGAAGAACGAAACGCCGCAGACGUCACAGGCCUGAAGUGUCAAAAAGUCUAGAAAAUACAACUGACUGCGUGCAGUUAAGGCAAUGGCUUGCCCAGCACGGCUGGAAAAAUGAAACUCGACUGCAACUUCGUUCCUUUGCACAAACAGGAAGAGGUAUUUGUUCUAGGAGAGCGAUUAAUGCAAACGAUGUUUUAAUAUCAAUACCCAACCAGCUAAUGAUAACCUUUAAUUCAAUACAAACAUGCUUAAUGAGUCAUAUCGCGCUUUUACGGGAACCUCUAAAAAUACAAGAAUUGCUAGCUGUAUUUCUGAUGAUGGAGGUGACAAACAUAGAAUCAUCCUGGAAGGAGUAUAUAGGAAGCUUACCCAAGGAACUGCCAGCUCUACCAUGGUUAGCAACAGAAGAUGAGGUGUCACUCUACCCUGACGAGAUGCAGAAAAUUAGCAGAAAGUGUCAUGAAAAUUACAGAAAUGGUCUGAAGAGAGCCAAAAAAUUACUUUCAGAUGCCUUGUUUGACGAAGAAUUAUUCAAAUGGGGGUAUGUUCUUGUCAACACCAGAGCUGUUUAUGUUGACCCUAACCAGUUGGGAAUCGAAGAAGGUUUUAGUAGCGUUCUGCUAGAUACACCCAAUAUGGCACUGUGUCCAUUCUUGGACAUGUUCAACCACGACUUUAACGCUAACACAGAAGCUGCGUUAAACAAUCAAGAUGGACAGCUUGUGUAUCAGUUGAAAACAUUGUCGGGUUAUAGAAAGUAUGAUCAAAUAUUUAUUUCGUAUGGACCUCACAAUAAUAUGAAGCUACUGAUGGAAUAUGGAUUUUUCAUACCCGGAAACGUAUAUGAUGUCGUACAGUUUGAAAUGGCAGCAGUAUUGAAAGUUCUUGGGGUUCAGAUUGACCAAAGACAGUACAAAUUCAUAAAGGAGCAUUUUUUGGAUAGUAAACUAUACAUUGGAUAUGAUAUGCUAUCCUUCAAUCUAAAAGCAUUAAUUUUUGUUAGUUUGAACGGUGAUUGCAAAAACAUUAGCGAAGUUGUCUUUGGAGACAAAUAUUCUGAAGAAUUUUUGUUACGGCUUAAACCAAUUGUUAAUGAGCUACUGGACACGAAAAUAUUCUUGUAUAAGGAACAGUGUAAGAAUUGUGAAAUAAAUGCUGCAACAAAAAGUAAAUACGCCUCCAUGAUGCAGCAGUUUUUGGAAUAUCGUGUGAUGUUUGUACUGGACUUGAAAAAAAUAUUUGAUGAGAAAUCUUGAAUGUGGAUACGAAAUACAAUACGAGCAAGGAAGUCCACAGUAUGCUAACAUCCAUUAAUAGAGAAAGACAAGGAAAUGGUCUGCCGGAAAAUCAGGACCAAAUGAAAAAGUUGCCUGAAGAUAAAAAACAUGUUUCUUCAAUAGCGAUAUUCAUAAUCGUAUUUACAAUGGUGUAUAAAGGAGUGCAACGUGGUUGUUAUAUUACUUGAACUAGGAAAAUAAAAAUGCU